AAAGUUAGACCUGGUGAUUGCCAGACAAAGGAGAAGUACGAGCUGCGAAGUCCUCUCAUCAUGGAGAAAUUUACAGCUGCUAUGCUCCUGGCUGCGGUUGGUGAUUCGUUGGGAUAUAGAAACUUUAGCUCGGAAAUUUGCUGUUCAGGUGUAAAGAUUCUUGAGGAGGUGAAAGAAUUAGGAAGUUUAGAAAAGUUGGUGCUAUCAGCCGAAAAAUGGCCAGUCAGUCACAACACCCUAAUGCAUAUGGCUACUGCAGAAGCUCUUGUCACAGAUUUCUGGUGCCUGGAAGAUCUGUACCGGGAAAUGGUGAAGCAGUAUGUUGAUGCUGUUGACAAGCUACAAGGGAGGCGGCCAGACCCAGCAACCAUCGAAGGCUGUUCUCACCUUAAGCCAGAUAACUAUUUGCUUGCAUGGCAUACUCCAUUUAAUGAAAAAGGUUCUGGAUUUGGAGCUGCCACAAAAGCGAUGUCCAUUGGUAUGAGAUACUGGAAACCUGAGAGGCUUGAAACGUUGAUUGAAGUCAGCAUUGAAUGUGGGAUGACUCACAACCACCCAACAGGAUUUCUGGGUUCGCUCUGCAGUGCUUUGUUUGCUUCUUAUGCAAUACAAGGAAAGCCUUUGGCUCAAUGGGGAAGAGAUAUGCUUAAGGUCAUUCCAAUGGCUGAAGAAUACUGUAAGAAAACCAUUCGUCAUAUGGCAGAAUACCAAGAGCAUUGGUUCUACUUUGAAGCUAAAUGGCAAUUUUAUCUGGAAGAAAGAGAACUAGAAGAAGAAAAUAUGAACAAGCCCAAUUUUCCUGAUAAGUAUGAUGCUGAUGAGAGAGACAAGACAUAUAAGAAAUGGAGUUCAGAGGGCCGUGGAGGAAGAAGAGGACAUGAUGCACCAAUGAUUGCAUAUGAUGCCCUAUUAGGAGCUGGUGGGGAUUGGAAAGAGCUCUGCAGUCGAGCCAUGUUCCAUGGAGGAGAAAGUGCUGCUACCGGAUCUAUUGCUGGGUGUCUGUUUGGGUUGCUGUAUGGUAUAAACAAUGUACCAAAGGGUCUAUACCAGGAACUUGAACUAAAAGAAAGGCUCCAGUAUUUGGGCGAGAAGCUCCAUCAAGUCUCUUCAAAGGAAAAGUAAAACUGCUAUUUUCAAUUUAUUAAUGCUGAAAGAAGUGUAAAUUAGCAGUAUUUUAGUGUGCACUUGUGGGUAUUUUACAUUUUUUAUUUUUUUUGUAUAUGUAAUUCUUAUAUUCAUAU